AUGGAGACGAUCUCCAGGAUUUCCUCAAUGCUGGAAACAGCUCGAGAACUAACCCUGGAGGCAGCUCAGUCGGCCGCCUUAACGAGAGGGUCGAAUACAGGCUUGACGUCUCGCAACCACAGUGCUUCUCAAAUUAAGAAGCUCCUGGAGAGCCGCAAUGACCGUGAGGUCCUGGACGGCAUGCGAAAGGUGAUCUCCUUGAUGUAUUCGUCCGAGCCUUCGCUUCCUUUCUUCUCCACUGUCGUCAAGAACGUCGCAAACACGAAUCUCGAAGUGAAGAAACUGGUCUACAUAUACCUGGUUCAUCAUGCGGAGACCGAGCCAGACCUUGCGCUUUUGUCAAUCAACACGAUCCAAAAAUCGCUUACAGAUCAAAACCCUCAAGUGCGGGCAAUGGCUUUACGUACAAUGUCUGGGAUCAGAGUGCCGGUUAUCAGCCAGAUUGUUUCCCUUGCGAUCAAACGAGGCUGUGGUGACAUGAGCCCUCAUGUCCGUAAAGCCGCCGCACUGGCCAUACCAAAAUGUUAUCGUCUUGAUCCAAACACCCUACCCCAGCUGAUCGGCUAUGUGUCUACUCUACUAGGCGACGCUCAGUACUUUGUUGCUGGGCCUGCUGUGUCCGCAUUUCUAGAAAUUUGUCCCGAUCGGAUCGAUCUGAUUCAUAAGCACUAUCGGAGCUUGGUCAAGAAGCUUGUGGAUAUGGAUGAAUGGGGCCAGCUUGCGACUUUGCGUCUCUUGACUUUUUACGCACGAAAAUGCUUUCCCCGGAAGACUCAGAAGAUGAAGAGCGCAGUUUCCAGAGGAUUCUACGACGAUGAACAAGGUGGUGAAACUCAGGGCGAUGGCGAGGAAUAUGAGAUGCCCGUGAUAGACCCCGAUUUAGAGCUUCUAUUCCGGUCUUGCAGGUUGCUUUUGCAGAACCGCAAUUCCGCCGUUAUCGUCGGUGUUGUUCGUUGCUUCCUAUAUCUUGCUCCACCCGAAUAUCUUGAUGCUGCUGUCGGCCCUCUGGUUGCUCUUCUUCGAAGCCCCCAGGAUAUACAACACGUUGCGCUCUUUAACAUUGUUGUCGUCUCAUUAAAACACCCAAAGUUGUUCACAAAGUACGUAUCUCACUUCUUCGUGCAUGCUUCAGAUCCGCCUCACAUAUGGCGCCUGAAACUCGAAGUCCUCACAAUUCUCUUCCCGCACUGUGGUUUGCAUCUCAAGGGUGUGAUCAUUAACGAGCUGGAGCGUUUCUCAAAAGGUGCGGAUGAAGACCUUGUCCGUGAGAGUGUUCGCGCCCUGGGGCGUUGUGCGCAGAAUGACCCCAGCACUGCGAAACAUUGCUUGGUUGUUCUACUCCGUCAAAUCACGAGCCUUGAUGAGACUCUGGUAUCAGAGUCCUUGACCGUGAUUAGGCAUCUGAUUCAACAAGAUCCGACUUCUCAUGAACGAACAGUUAUCCAGCUUGUGAAGCAUCUCGGUUCGUCCAGUAGCCCGGAAGCUAGAGCGACCAUAAUAUGGCUGGUCGGAGAAUUCGCGGGAGUAGAUCCCAAGAGGAAUAUCGCACCAGAUGUUCUGCGAAUUUUAGUACAAAAAUUCGCGGAUGAGCCGGAGGUGGUGAAACAGCAGAUUGUUUUGUUAGGUGCGAAGGUAUACCUGCACCACCUGUUACGAAACCCUCCAAAGCAGCAUGCGGAGAACCCGUCGGAAUCAGAACCCAAAACAAACCAGGACCGUAACGAGUGGGCGGAUGAUGCCGUUAAGGAACCAGAACUCGACGAGGGCAAUGAAGAAGACCAACAAAAAGAAGAACCGCAAGAGGACCAAAUAACUCUCCUUUGGCGAUACAUUCUACUCCUUGCUCGAUACGAUUCGUCCUACGACCUUCGUGACCGGGCUCGGAUGUUAAAAGCUCUCUUGGCCAACCCCUCUUCCACUGAGCUCGCGAAUCUCAUUCUGCUAGCACCUAAGCCUGUUCCACAUGCCCCAAGCCCAUCGGAAACGCGGAAGAAUUUACUCAUCGGCUCGUCCACGCUUAUCGUGGGGCCAGACGCUGGUCCUUUCGGGCUGAGUGGCUACCACGAUCUUCCCGACUGGGUUGAACUGGGACAAGAGCCGGACCCCACCCUCCGAGAAUCAGAGGUGAAGCCGGAACUGACCGAAAGAGCACCUGUGACGGCAGGUGAAAAGCUUGACCGGGCUCUGAUGGAACACGAGAGCAAUGUUGCAGCCAUGAACCGGCAACGAAACGGCCACGCAAGAGCGGGUGCUUCCGUGGCAAAGAGUAAAACCCUUGACGAGUGGCUGGAGGAGGAGUCUGAGACGGAAGAGGAGGAAACUGAGUCCGGAGAAGAAGUGACGGACUCUGACGAAGAAGAGACCGAGGAAGAGACAGACGAUGACGACGACGAAGAGGAAGAUGAGGAAGACGAAGAAGAUGAAGAAAGCGCUUCAGAGGAUCAGGAGGAGGCCCAACAGCUUUUGGCGCAUGAUAAGCCCGGGGCCCCUGGAUUAAGCGGCUUCUAG